GCGGAGCGACGGGUCUCGGGCCCUCAGGCGGAGCGGCGGGCGCCGGACCCCCAGGCAGAGCGACGGUCUCGGUCCCCCAGGCGGAAGGAGCGGCGGGCGCCGGACCCCCAGGCGGAGCGACGGGUCUCGGGCCCCCAGGCGGAGCGACAGGCACCGAGUCACAAGGCACGACAGCAGUGGGCACCAAGUCACCAGGCACGACAGUGGGCUCUGAGUCAAUUGGCACGACAGCGGGCACCGGGUCAUUUGGCUCGCCAGCGGGCACCGCGUCAUCUGGCAAGGCAGUGGGCACCGAGUCACCAGGCACGACAGUGGGCUCUGAGU